CCUCGCCACCGGCACCAGGCAGCAGUGGCACUCAGGGCAAGCUAGCUGUAGCUGCUAACGCUGAGCUUCAUUCAGCAGGUUCAAUAAUCUGCCAGCGUUAUUAUGGCAGCUAUAACCUUUGUCUGUUAGAAGACGUCACUUCAUUGGGUGUGACUUUACCUUGGCGCGAGGCUGACAGUUGUCAGGUCAAAAACAUUGCUGACAACUAGAUUUAGCCGGCAUUAACAGUAUAACGUUUGUCGUUAUCUCUCAGACGGUUGAAUCCCCCCCUCUUCCCCUCCCAUCAUGGCUGCAGACUCGAUGGAGAUUGACGACUCUCUUUACAGCCGCCAGCGAUAUGUACUGGGAGACAGUGCAAUGCACCAGAUGGCCAAGUCCUCAGUCUUUCUCAGUGGUAUGGGAGGACUGGGAAUUGAGAUAGCAAAGAACAUUGUCCUCGCUGGUGUGAAGGCGGUCACCCUUCAUGACACAAAGCAAUGUGAGACCUGGGAUCUGGGCUCCAACUUCUUUAUCCGCACAGAGGAUGUGUUGAGCCAGAGGAGGAGGGUGGAGGCAGUGUGCCCUCGGGUCGCAGAGUUGAACCCUUACGUCCAUGUUGACAUGUCUUCCUCUGCUCUGGACAACAACACUGAUCUCAGCUUUCUCAGAAAGUAUCAGUGUGUGAUUCUGACUGAAGCCAGAUUGAACCUACAGAAGAGAGUGAAUGAGUUCUGCCACUCACAACAACCCCCCAUCAGAUUCAUUGGCUGUGAUGCAUAUGGCAUCUGCGUGCGGGUGUUCUGUGAUUUUGGAGAGGAGUUUGAGGUGUCUGAUCCCACAGGAGAGGAGCCCAAGGAGAUUUUCGUCCAAACUAUCACUCAGGACAAUCCUGGCGUGGUGACCUGCAUGGACAACCAACCGCAUGGCCUACAGACAGGCCAGAGUGUUGUCUUCAGAGAGGUCAAUGGCAUGGUGGAACUCAACAGCACCGUGCGACAGGUUUCAGUCCUUUCCCCUCACAGUUUUGCAAUAGGAGACACAUCGCAACUCCAACCAUAUGCACAUGGAGGUUUCUUUGUUCUUGUGAAAACCCCUAAGACAUACAGAUUUGAGACAAUAGGGAGACAGUUAUGUGAUCCUCAGGUCCUGACUCCAGACUACAGUAAACCAGAGGCCCCACUACAGAUCCAUGCAGCCAUGUUGGCUCUGGAUGACUUCCAGGAGAAGCACAGUAGACUUCCCAACAUUGGGUGUUUACAGGAUGCUGAGGUUUUACUGCAGCUAACCGAGGAAGUGAAUGCAACUCUCAGGAACAAAGCUUCUGUGAAUACUGAGUUGGUGCGCUGUCUGUCGAGAACAGCGAGGGGAACUCUUCCUCCGUUAGCAGCAGCUGUAGGAGGUCUAGCCAGCCAGGAAGUUCUUAAAGCCCUCACAGGGAAGUUUGCGCCACUGCAGCAAUGGUUUUACCUUGAUGCCAUUGAAAUAGUAAGGCCACUUCAGUCUGUUUCUGCUGAGGAGUUUUCCCCAAGGGGCGAUCGGUAUGAUGGAUUACGAGCUUGCAUUGGUGAAUCAAUGUGUCUAAAACUGCACAAGCUCAGGGUCUUCAUGGUGGGCUGUGGUGCCAUAGGCUGUGAGAUGCUGAAAAAUUUUGCCCUGCUUGGAGUGGGAUUGGCUAAGAGCUCAGGAGAGGUGUGCAUCACAGACCCAGACCUUAUAGAAAAGUCCAACCUCAAUCGUCAGUUUCUCUUCAGACCACAUCAUAUACAGAAACCGAAGAGUACCACAGCAGCAGAAGCCACUCGCGAUAUCAACCCAGACCUGCAGGUGGAUGCUCACCUCAACAAGGUGUGUCCGGCUACUGAGAGCAUCUACAAUGACUCCUUCUACUCCCGCCUAAACCUAGUGGUCACAGCGCUGGACAACGUGGAGGCUCGGAGAUAUGUAGACAGCCGCUGUGUAUCCAAUCAGAAACCUCUCCUGGACUCUGGCACCAUGGGAACUAAAGGACACACAGAAAUCAUUGUGCCAAAUUUGACAGAGUCCUACAAUAGCCAUAGGGACCCCCCAGAAGAGGAGAUCCCAUUCUGCACUCUCAAGUCUUUCCCUUCUGUCAUAGAGCACACCAUUCAAUGGGCCAGAGACAAGUUUGAGAAUGCAUUCGUCCACAAGCCCUCCAUGUACAACUCGUUCUGGCAGACCCAUUCCUCAGCUGAAGUGGUUCUACAGAGGAUGCAGGUGGGGGAAAGUCUGGAGGGGUCCUUCCAGGUCAUUAAGCUACUCAGCAGAAGGCCCAGCCAGUGGGAGCAGUGCAUUGCAAUUGCCCGUCUGAAAUUCGAAAAGUAUUUCAAAAGAAAGGCCCUACAACUGUUGCACUCUUUCCCCCUGGACACAAGGUUAAAAGACGGAAGUUUGUUUUGGCAGUCCCCAAAAAGACCUCCAGCACCUUUUGAUUUUGACUUGAAAGACCCUCUGCACUUCACUUUCAUUGUCAGUACUGCCCGGCUCUUCGCAGGGAUUUAUAACAUCCCUUACUCAGAUGAGGAUCUCUCUGAAGAGGCUGUGACCAGGAUUCUCUCAGAUGUCAAGAUUCCUGAAUACAGGCCCGCAGAGAAAUGUAUAGUGACCGAUGAGACAGCAAAGAAGCCUGAUCAGAUAAAGAUGCCUCUAAGCAGUGAAGAGGAGAGGGAGGCCAUAACACAGCUGGAGCAGGCCAUUGCUACUGACAGUGUCACAGCAGAGCGGUUACAGAUGAAUCCACUGCAGUUUGAAAAGGACGAUGACAGUAAUGGCCACAUAGACUUUAUCGCAUCAGCAUCUGCUCUCAGAGCCAGGAUGUAUUCCAUUGAGCCAGCUGACAGGCUCAAGACCAAACGCAUAGCCGGCAAGAUCAUCCCGGCUAUCGCCACAGCAACAGCUGCUGUGGCUGGACUGGUGGCCCUCGAGUUGAUCAAAGUCGUUGGAGUCUACGAGUUUGAAUCUUUCAAAAACUGCUUCUUUAACUUGGCCAUCCCUGUAGUGGUGCUCACUGAGCCUGCCCCAGUUAAAAGGACACUCAUCAGAGACAACAUCUACUUCUCCAUCUGGGACUGUUGGACUAUCUUUGGCCAUGAGGACUUCACUCUGUCUGACUUCAUGAAUGCAGUGAGGGAAAAGUAUGGAAUUGAACCCACUAUGGUCGUCCAUGGUGUGAAGAUGCUUUACGUGCCUGUGAUGCCUGGACACUCAAAGAGACUCAAACUCACGAUGCAAAAGUUGAUCAAGCCAUCAGCGGGCCGCCGCUACGUUGACCUCACUGUGUCAUUUGCUCCGGAGGCUGAUGGAGACGAUGACCUCCCUGGUCCUCCGGUCAGGUACUACUUCAGCCGCAAUGGAGAGACGCCCUGACAUCUUCCUGGAUGUCGUCCUCAAACCUCUUGUGUCCUUACUUACUUCCCUUUUUUCAUGUAAAUUGUUGUACCCCAAUAACCUGGGCCAAGAGCUUGAGAUGUUAUCUGACAAGGGUUAAGUUCCCAACCCUAGCUCAAGCCCCACAGUACUUCAUGGAGAUAGAAAGGGCCAGUCCUGGUCCCAGUUUUUCUUGCCCCAGAUCUAGCCAGUUGAACACAAGACUUCUUGAGUAGCACUUAACUGUACCUGUGUACAUAUAUUUUCUCUGUUCUGUUUUCUACUCUGGUAAAAUGCACAGCUCUGCCUGUGUCGAUGCCUUAAUUGAUUAAUAAAAUGUUUCUUUUUGUGGCAGUGUAUCUGAAAAAAACAGUUUACAGAAACCUGCAUACUCCUAACA